AUGCUUCCUGGGUUACAGAUAUUUGACCUGCGCGAGCCAUCUGGAUGCAAGAUUCUGCGUGGCAUUGUCGCAGACUUCGAGAAUGGCAGCACAAGGGCUAUAUCCUGGUAUCACUCCCCGGAGUGCUCUGCAGAGUGCAACGACCACCACCUGGUUGUAUAUCUCGAGAAUGCACUCUGCAGAGGAUGCCCAGUCUGUUGCGAGGACAUUUACGGCUUGCUUUUCCACGGAAACGCCAAGGUAAGGAAGAUCUCGCUACUGUUGUACUGCAGACACUUCCCGGAUGCGGUGCCCCCUUCUUCUCUUCAACAUGAUCCAAGCCACCUGAUCAGGACGAUCUACCUGGAGCAUGGAUGGGGCUCUGGAGUCUCUUCUCUGGCCAAGCAUGCAAGAGACGAGAACUUGGAUGUUAGGAAGGCCGCUAUGUGCCAGCUGAUGAGGUUUUCUUCAGAUGAGAAACAUAAGGUGAAGGUGCUCAGGUCUGUGUGCCGCGGGAUGCGUGAUCGAGAACUUUCGAUAAGGGUGUUCGCCUCGAAGGCGAUUGGAGAGUUCAGAAACCUUUCCGACGAGAUUAUCCAGAGACUGCUGAGCAAGCAGGGUGCCAGCGCCGACUACCAAGAGCUGUGUGGAGCACUAGUGUACGGGAUCGAGGACGAGUAUGCAGAAGUUCGUAGGAACACGGUGGCGUCUGUGUAUUCGUUGGUCACUCCGGGGACUGCCUCAAGAACAUUUGACUUCAUUGUCGACUCUCUGAACGACGAGGACGAUGUCCUUAGGGAGCUCUGCACAUUCUACCUCAAGAUGAUAAGCGUUCGAUACGUGCUAGCCAUAGAUAAGGAGAUCGUCCGCCAGAUCUGUGAAAGCCUCAGGGAAAGAAACGUCAAGGUCAGAGCAAACAUUCUAGAUCUGCUUGCAAAUCUCAGGUAUGAGGAUGUGGAGGUCUUUGACAUUUUGACUGCUCACAUGGGGGUGAAUGUGGGGUUCAGGGAGGUACUCAGAUGCAUAGGAAGGAUUGCAUCGAAGAACAGAAGGCUGUUUCUCGCGAACAUGGGUCGGUUUUAUAAGCACACGAGUGUUGCACAGAUCGAACCAUCUCUUGAGGAUGGCUUCUACAUUGCGAAGCUGAUGGUCCUGCGGGAGCUGAAAAGAGCGGAUCCCGGGAUAGAGGUCAGCAGGGUUAUCGAAGACCACUUCCUGUUUCUCGAGAUCAUGGAGUGCUCGAGGCCGGAUGGAUGCGGAGACGGAUAUAUCUUCUUCAAAGACAUCCUUUGCCAGUUUCUUGAGGAGAAGAAUAGAGAUGGAGAGAGCGAAAGGCAAUACAGAAAGCUAUUUAGACGGAUGAGGAGAGAGGACGAUCCCCGGUACUGGUUUAUCUACUACCUUUACGAGGGGAUGGUUGAACUGCGCUGUAAGAAGAAGGAUGACAUGCUUCAAAGAGCUCCAUUUCUCUUUGCAAACACCGGCUUCGAUGCAUCCGUUGCCUGCAACCCCAGGGCCAUGGUAGAGUAUAUACAGAGUCUAGACUUCGGAUCGAUAAGAUUCCUCAGGUACGAUGUGGACGUCCCGCCGAGGGUCAGUGUCUGCAGGAGGAUGCCCAUCAGGUUUUCAGCCAGCUUGCUUCUUGAAGAGGACAUCCAGGACGUUCACCUGAAGGUUUGGUCUGGAGAUAAGCCCCCGAUCCACUUCAAAGCCAGGAAAACAGUGGAUGUCUGCAUACUCGACGAUGGAACCUCUAUAUGCUGCUCCGUUGUGAAGCUCCUGGGUUGCCGGGAUGUUCAGCUAUCACGCACAAAAGUUAUUUUGAUAGAAAGGAAAAAACCUAAGAAGGAUUUAAUCCCGGGAAUAGACUCCUACUGA